AUGCGCGGAUUGGUGGACCUCAACGCGAUUCCUGACAACUCCGUCUCUUCGUGGUCGCUGGAAGGGCCGCCUGGGCUGAGAAAGGAGAGCACUCCGGGGCUGUUCAAGCUGGUGGGGCCCGUCGUUAUCAACGUGUUGCGGGUCAUCCGGCCGCAGUUCACGCCCAUCUUUGCUGAAUGGCUCUCGUCCAACUUCUCCUCGGACCCUGCCACGUGGACAGCCUUCAUCGCUCCACCCGCAGGCCCCACCGAGUUCGCAAACCUUACCUUUGACAACCCCCAGGUGCAGAUCUGGGGCGGGUGCUUCCCCAUCGACAACACCACGAGUGACUACUCGUUCCAGCCCAACAACACCAAGCUGCUCUUCUCCCACGUCUAUGGCUCGCUCUUCCGCUCCAACGUGGACCAGCAGAACGUUGAAGUCACCAUUCCCGAUGCCGACGCGCCCACUCUCGCCGGGAAAUUCAUUCGCCGCGGGAAGAUAUUCGAGCUGCUCUCAGGAGGAUCCUUUGACGUGCCGCUCCGUGCGGUGAUAGAAGCACUUGGGGCCACCGCACCCCCUGGCCCCACCCCUCCCGGAGCACCAGCAGUAAUGCGGGUGAAUCUGAACCUGCAGGGGAUUGGCCGGCAGCCGCCUAGCGCCCUCCGCCCCUACCCUGCCCCGUCUGCCCCUGGCAUGGAACCUCCUCCUCUGGCUGGUGUGCCCUCUGGUGCUCCUGCCCCUCCACGCUGCGCACCUGUGCCUGCUGCUGCACCUACCCCUGCACCUGCUCCCACUCCUGCCCCCACCCCUGCUCCCACCCCUGCUCCCACCCCUGCUCCCACCCCUGCUCCCACUCCUGCUCCCACCCCUGCUCCCACUCCUGCUCCCACCCCUUCUCCUACCCCUUCUCCUACUCCUGCCCCCACUCCUGCUCCUACUCCUGCCCCCACUCCUGCUCCUACUCCUGCCCCCACUACUGCGCCUACCCCUGCACCUGCUCCCACUCCUGCCCCCACCCCUGCUCCCACCCCUGCUCCCACCCCUGCUCCCACCCCUGCUCCCACUCCUGCUCCCACCCCUGCUCCCACUCCUGCUCCCACCCCUGCUCCCAAUCCUGCUCCCACCCCUUCUCCUACCCCUUCUCCUACUCCUGCCCCCACUCCUGCUCCUACUCCUGCCCCCACUCCUGCUCCUACCCCUGCCCCUGCCCCUGCGCCUACACCUUCUGCUGCGGGGAAGGCCCCUCCCCCUCCUCCAGGGGCUGCUGCUGGUGGAGGUACCGGCGGUGCUCCCGGGGCUGCUCCCAGGGCUGCUCCCGGCCAAGCUCCUGGUGCUGCUCCUGGUGGGGCUCCCGGGGCUGCUCCUGGUGCUGCUCCCAGAGCUGCCCCUGGUGGGGCUCCCGGGGCUGCUCCCGGGGCUGCUCCCGGGGCUGCUCCCGGUGCUUCCCCUGGUGCUGCUCCCGGUGCUGCUCCCGGGGCUGCUCCCGGUGCUGCUCCCGGCGCUGCUCCCGGCGCUGCUCCCGGCGCUGCUCCCGGCGCUGCUCCCGGCGCUGCUCCCGGCGCUGCUCCCGGCGCUGCUCCCGACGCUGCUCCCGGCGCUGCUCCCGGCGCUGCUCCCAGCGCUGCUCCCGGCGCUGCUCCCGGCGCUGCUCCCGGCGCUGCUCCCGGCGCUUCUCCCGGUACUUCUCCAGGCCGUGCUCCCGGUGCUGCUCCCGGGGGUGCACCUGGCCGAGCCCCUGGUGCUGCCCCCGGUGCUGCUCCUGGUCGUGCUCCCGGAGCUGCUCCCCAAGCCUAA